AUGGCCCCAUCCAUCUUGGAUCCUGAUGCCACGUCAGCUGUACCCGAUACGCUGGACGAUUGGUACGAUGGCGUCACUCCGGCUUCCUCCUUCGGCGAUUUCCGUCGCAGCGCCGCUGUGCCCAACGAUUAUGCCGUGCUCCGGCGUCGGUUGACGAUGCGUCAGCAGUCGAUGAUGCGCCAGCAGUCGAUGGGUCAGCAGUCGACGCGUCAGCAGUCGACACGUCAGCAGUCGUCGCGUCAGCAGCAAUCCUUCACUGGCUCGCGAUCGUUCAUGAAUCACCCGUCCCUAGUAGUAGCCCCCUCGCCGAACAACCCUACCGCUAGCAACAGGAGUGCUGCGAAUAUUCCAGAAAGGGACUCGUUAGAGAGCAGCGCGAUACCGAGUAGUAGCGCGUCUGGUGGCGCGCCGAUGCUGUACCAAGUUGGGUCGAUCAACGAAGGCGCAAAGUCGGAGGCGGAAGAAGCGGAGAGGAAGGAGCCAUCGCGCGGGGAAGCUGAUACCGCCGGGGGAGGCGGCGCGGAUAAAUGGGGGGCGGGAACGGGAGAAACUGACGGGCAAGAAGCGCGCAGCGGGGAUGGCCACGGGGGGACCGCGUCCGGGGGAGCCAAAGAAGGGGGAAAUGAAGCGGACAGCGGGCAGAAAAUCAGGCGGGCAAAGCUCGGGCGAGUGAGCUUCGCUGCUGGCACGUGGCAACUCGGCGUUGACGGCGCAAUGGAGGAAGUUAAUAGCGAGGAUAUGGCAGGUGACAGUGCAACAAAUGCACAGUUCGGGGAGGGACAAAGCGGGGUCGGUCUCGGUCCUGAAACGUGGCACUCCGCCGCCACUGGCGCCUUCAUUUCCGCCGCUUCCUCCGCUUCCUCCGCGUCCGCGUUCCCCGGUGAUUCCGGCGUGGAAGAGCCCAAGGGCCCCGGCGGCCCGUCGUCGUCGACGUUCUACAACGAGCUGUUGGGGAUCGGCGAGGCGCCGUUGAUCAACCUGAUCCGACGGUACCACGACGCGCUCACCGCGCACGGGCUGGCGGACGAGGCGCAGGAGAUCGCCGCGUCCGCCGCCGCGCGCCUCGUGAGCAUCAAGAGCAUGGUGACAAAGAAGGUGGUGGUCAUUCCGGAUCAGAUCAAAAACUGCUUCAACGCGCCGUAUUUCAAGCUCAAGGCCAUCGCAGGCUUUCAGAGGAAGGAGACCAUUCACGUGCUCGAUGAUGUCUCAGGCUUCCUCAUGCCAGGGACCCUCACACUCCUCCUGGGAACCUCAGGCAGCGGCAAGUCAAUGCUCAUCAAGCUGCUAGCCGGCCGCCUGCCCGCCACCACGGGCAUGGUGGCCUUCAACGCGGUCCCCAUCACGCCGUCCCGCGCGCACCGCCUCGUGGGGGUGGGCUUUGAGGCUGACUGCCACCUGCCCGCCCUCUCCGUGCACGAAACCCUCGAAUUCGCCCGCCACUGCUCGUACCCGCUCUCCUCCAAGCAGCUGCUGCAGCACCCGAUGCUGAGCAAGGCGCUCAGGGCGAGCAUAGAGAGGGGGGAAGACCCCCUCGUGAUGUCCCGAGAGGCCAUGUUUGGGCUGCGCAGGCGCGCCGGGGAGAGGGUUGGGUCCGGGGCGCUGACUCGGGACGAGGUGCACCGGUUGACUGCUGCUGAGCUCAUGGUUGGGGCUUAUCCGGUGAGUGCUGAGGCUCAUGCCUCACAUGCUCAUGCCUCACACCCUCAUGCUGCAGGUGCUCAGAACCUCUCAUCCCACAUGUGA